UGAAUGAAGACAAAGUUUUUCAUCCUCUGCUUACCUUUCAUUCAAUCAUCCUAAAGGAAACAAUAUCUGCAUAAAGCUCUAUUCCCAUGGCGAUUCAAGCUUCUGCAUCAUUUCUGUAAGAGACCAUAGUUUGUCUGCGACAAAGAAUUAUGCCAUGGAGGCCUUCAAUGCAGCAAGCUGGGCACCGUUAUCAGUCCUCUGUGAGAGAAGAUCAGAAUCCAGAAAAUCUUUAUCCCUCCCUACAGUUUCACCACUCCAAAUCUCUCAUUCUUUCUCUACAAGCACGAGCCGAUCAACUACACAAGAGUGUCUAUCAAGGACUUUACAUGGUGGUAUAGUGCUCCUAUCUUCAGUUCUUGGUAACGGGCUAGCUAGAGCUUUAACAUAUCAAGAAGCACUGGAACAGUCUACGCGCUCCUUCUCAUCUGAUGCGAACGGGGUCCUAGAUAGUUUCAUCAAAUUUGGAACGGAAAACCCAACAAUCGUAGCAGGUAGUGUUACAGUUUUGGCAGUUCCACUAGUUCUGUCUCUGGUGCUAAACAAGUCAAAGUCCUGGGGUGUAGAGUCUGCAAAAAAGGCAUAUGCAGCGUUGGGUGUUGACGCAAAUGCUCAGUUGCUUGAUAUAAGAGCACCAGUGGAGUUUAGACAAGUGGGCAGUCCUGAUAUCAGGGGUUUGAGUAAGAAACCAGUGCCAAUUGUUUAUAAGGGUGAAGACAAGCCAGGUUUCUUGAAGAAGCUGUCUUUGAAGUUUAAGGAACCAGAGAAUACCACGUUGUUCAUUCUAGACAAAUUCGAUGGCAACUCCGAAUUGGUUGCAGAGUUGGUCACUGUAAAUGGAUUUAAAGCAGCUUAUGCAAUCAAGGAUGGUGCAGAAGGGCCCCGGGGAUGGAUGAAUAGUGGGCUUCCCUGGAUACCACCAAAGAAAGCUUUUAGUCUUGACCUUGGUGAUUUAUCAGACGCGAUCGGUGGUGCACUAGGAGAGGGCUCCGAUGCCUUGCCUGUCACCUUUGCAAUUGCAGCAGCUACUGGCUUAGGUGUAUUGGCAUUCUCAGAGAUUGAAGCAAUACUCCAAGUAUUAGGCUCAGCUGCACUAAUUCAGUUUGUGAGUAAGAAACUCCUGUUCGCUGAGGACCGUAAGCAAACUCUGGAACAAGUUGAUGAAUUCUUGACCACCAAGAUUGCACCUAAAGAGUUGGGGGAUGAAUUGAAGGACAUAGGGAAGGCUCUUCUACCAGUAGCAGUGACGAGCAAGGCUCUUCCUGCGCCUGCAGAAGUGAGUCCAGAACCUGCUCCUGCUGAUAGUAGUAUAAAUUCAGCACCCAAAACAGAAGCUAAAGCUGAACCAGUUUCUGAAUUUUCAAGGCCACUUUCUCCAUAUCCAACUUAUCCGGAUCUCAAGCCUCCAACGUCGCCCACCCCAUCUCAACCUUAAAUUGAAGUCUUUAUGUCUUGUUCUGCAACCGGAAGCUGUUUUAACUGGAAAAUCUUGAAUUACUUUGCGAGCUGUUCAAUCCAUGUUCCUCGUAAAAUGUUCGAGUCAACUUGAUGGUUUGGAUUGCAGAACAAAAAAAAGGGAAAGGAAAGGAAGUUGUCAUGAAAUCGAUGGAUGCUACGUGAUAUGCAACAGCGAACCUGAUCGUAUCUCUCUUCAAUUACUUGUGGCUUGUGGAUCUUUUGUAGAUGUAGCUUACGAGCUAACACUAUCUUGAUGCGGUAAUGCCAUUUUUUUUUUUUGGGGUUUCUGGAGUCACUGGAAGAACUUAGGUGUGUACAAACUCAUACUUUGAAGUUAGCCAAAAUAAUUACUGAAGUUUGUCUUUGCUGUCC